UUCCCUUAGAAAGGAGGCAAACUCCUACAAUCCAAGCCUUCGAAGCUCCAUCCCCGCGAUCGCUCGAAGCUCCCGGUUCUUCAAACAUGGCUGCCGAUGGCCCAUGUUUUGACUUACCAGAAGAAUGCUGGGAUCUGGUAUUUAGGCAUCUCCAUCGCGGCUGGGACCUUGAAUCCCUCUCUUUGGUCUGCAAGCGUUUCUAUGCUCUCUCAAACGCUCUCCUGAUCCGAUUAUCGGUGACCGGCCCGAUCAGCAGUGGUACCUUUUCUAAACUCCUAUACCGUUUCCCCAACCUCGUUUCCCUUAACCUCAGUAAAUUUAAAGGUGAUAUCCGUCCUUUAUUCUCUGAAAUCAAGCGUUUUGCCUCGCUAAUAAACCUUAAAGAACUUGACAUAUCUAGGCAUCAAAUAGAAUUUGAUCCGUCGAACUAUUCCGGAUUAGUUUUUAAAAAUUUGAAGGUUUUGAAGUGCCGCCGUGUGCCUGUUAUGGGCGACUCUCAUUUGUUUGCUAUAGCUUGUUCUUUCCCUUGUUUAGAAGAGUUGGAUAUUAGUGAUCCAAACAUGGUCUUUCGAUCUGAGAGACAGACCGCAUCUGAACAUAUAGUGACAGAUAAAGGAAUUGAGGCUUUAUCUUCUAGUUUGCGUAGUUUGCGGAAAAUCAGUAUUUCUGGGAAUCAUUUCAUCACUGAUAGCUCCAUUGCAUCCCUAGUUGAUCGUUUGAACCUUGAAAGCAUUGAAAUUUUGGAUUGCCCAUUGAUCACUGCAAAUGCAAUUCUCUCCAUGAUGAGGAAAAGUAUAAAUUUGUGUUCAGUUUCUGCUAGCGGCAUUGUUUUUCCCAGAACCCACUCAUUAGUCUAUCAAAGUUAUUGUCGAAUAUUACAUGUGAUUGAUCUAGAAAGCUCAAUACUCCCCGAUGCUUUUCUAUGUUCGUUAGCUCAUCUUCCAUUAGUUAGGCUGUCUCUUGUGAAUUGUACGACCUUCACAUUGCAAGGACUUUCAUUCCUUGUUCGUGCGAGUCCAUUACUUCAGUACUUUGCUCUUGGGGAUUCUGAUUUACUCACUGAUAAGGAUAUGGAGAUCUUGUCCCUGUACCUACCCAGUCUAGUCACUAUCAAGUUAAAUUCUUGUAGUGGAUUGACAAUCUCAACAAUAUCUGUUCUUGUAAGAAAUUGCCAUUUACUAGAAGAGAUUCACAUGGAGAACACUGGAUUGGGAAGAAAUGACAUCACACUCCAUUGCUCCAAAAGCUCGAGUGUCAAGACUCUGAAAUUGGGAUGGAAUGAUGAUAUCACUAACGAAUGCCUUUUAAAAAUUGCUUGCGUAUGCCCGAAGUUAGAGGAACUUGAUGUUUCCUCUUGCGCGGGUAUAUCUGAAGAAGGAAUUGCUAAUGUUCUCAAUAUUUGUCCUGAUAUCAAAAGCUUAGGAAUUGAUUUCUGUUCGGGGAUCCAAAGUAUUGGUUAUGGGUGUGAGUUACCAAAACUAGAGGUUCUUAGUGCCGCUUACUCUGCAGUCAGUAACAACGGUCUUCAAAUGGUGGGGAUCAGAUGCUCUGGGCUCCUGAAAUUGGUCCUUCAAGGCUGCUUAGAAAUUACGAGUUGUGGAGUGGAGGAAGUAGGGAAAACGUGUGAAAGAUUGCGCGAAAUUGAUUUGGGCAGGUGUGACUAUGUUGAUGUCAGAGCUGUCGAACGGAUUAUCUUGUCUUGUCAGACACUUAGAAGAGUAACAUCUCCUUCUGACCUGACGGAAACGUUGAAAAGGAUCUUCUUGCAGCAUGGAUGUCUAGUUCGUGAUUUGUUGUUGUAGUUGCAAUGUUUUGCUUUUGUUUGGUUUGUUUGUUUAUUAUGGUUCUGUUUUUUUGGAUUACACAUUAACAUUUUAUCAAAAGAGUCAUUAUUUUUUUGUUUGGAUUUAUGAUGAAACAAAGCAAAAUGGUUCAGUAAACUGUUUGUGCUUCUUUAUUAUGAAUUAGUAGUCAGUCUAUGCAAUUUUCGACGUGAUUUGCACUAUAAGUCAUUUGGAAACAGUCUUGUAAGGCUAAGGCUGUGUACAUCUGACUCUGGAGUAAUGAUGAUGAUUAACACUUUAUCCAAAAGUCUUGUAUAAAUAAAUUACACAUGAAUAGUUAAUUUUCCUUUCCCAACAAAUAGCGAUUGGUUACCUUAUGCGGCUGGUGCUUUUGGAAUGGCAUGGCGGCUCAUGACUUGGAAAAACUCUGGCGAUUUUAGGAUUUAUGUUGGAUAAAUCCAGAAAAGGAACUCGCAAGGCCAGAAAAGGCAGAAGGCAGAUCAUCUGAGAGUAGACUGCCUUGGCCGUUGAGUAAGCCUGAAAUUGGUUGUACAGGGCGGCAUUACUCCACGGUCAGGGAAGAAUUUUGCCGAAUCAAUAUUUCAUGGUUUCGAAUGAUUUGGGAGGGGUUAGGUUAGCUGUAAUAAGGGGUCCAAAGCGGGAGUUUAGAAUAAUUGCAUGGUUGAUUGUAGUCUUGGACACGGUUUGGUUCUGGUUCUGGUCCUAGAUUAGCCGGCCAUAAAAAAUUGUGAGGUUUGUGACUAGGACAUGUAUUUCUGAUGGUGGUUCACCCAUCAACCUCGCUUUAUUUAUUUAUUUAUUUAUUUAUUUUUAUAUUUCUGUAAUAAACCAUCUAUUCAUUCCCUCAACACCCUCUCCCCACCUUCUUUAUCCACCUUUUUUGAGCUUUUAGAUGGACCACCAUUCCUUUUAAGUUGUUUCAUGAUGGUUGUAAUCCAAAAAAGGACCAGCAUCAGAGCGGCCGGUCCCAGUCCCAAAAAGUGAGGCUUAGUGCUGGUGCUAAAAAACUGGUCUGCCUUGACUCGGUCAUGGGACUGGGACCUUGUGUCCUCCAAUCGUUGACUGGGAAUGAAUCUGGGUGUCAGUGGCUCUACACUGGAAGGCACUUUGAACCGGUUCUGGUGGUUGGUUAUGUGUGUUUAAGUUGUACAUUCAGUACUUUUAUUGUUUGGAUUUUUUCUUGUUUUUUGUUAGGCAUGUUGAACUAUUAUUGUGUUGGCUAAUUUUUGCUCUUCUGAACUUAUGGUCUUUAAUGGUAUCGGUGUGUGAGACUAGAGAGAAUGAGGGGCCUGGCCGGAGUCUGGAUUUUGGUGUCCUCUAUGCUGGGAAAAAGCUAUGAAUCGUUCUGCUGACUAUGGAUUUUCCAGUUGUACUUUAUGUGCUUUAAUAGGUUUAAUUGUUUGGAUUUAUGCUUGUUCUAUGUUAGUUACGAUUCAAUCUAAGAUUCAUUGUUAGAUAUGAAUAUAUGAUUAACUUGCCAUCACAAGAUUCAUUCCUAUUUGUGGUCACAAAUACGUUUUGCUCUAUAUUAUUUUGCCCAAU